AUGCACUAUAAUUCUGUGGUAGAAUUCGAACGAUUGCAAAAUUCUCCCUCCUACCAGGCCCUUUUGGAAGAAAAAUUAAACCGAGAUAGACAAAAAGAAUUAGAGGAGAAACAAAUCCACGAAGCAAGAGAAAGGGAAUGGUUACGAGCCGAAAAAGAAGCGCAAAAAGUAUUUCUAGAGUUACAACAAAAACUAGCACUAGCCAAAGAGGAGCGGGCCAGACAGAACGAAAAAAUCCGAUUAGAAUGGGAAGAAGAGCAGAAACGCCGAGAAGAACUCAGACAACAAAAAGAGAACGAAUUACAAGAACAACUCCGGCAACAGGAACUGUCGAAAGCGAAAGUAGAAGACUUCAUCGAGUACGGCGGAGACACCCCGGACCAUCUAAAAACCACGCUAGAAACCAACCCGAACAAACCGCCGUGUCCGUUUUUCAGCAAAACAGCCACCUGUCGCUUCUUCGACGUUUGCUCCAGAAACCACGUCCGUCCCGGCAUCAGCAAAAUCCUCCUCAUACCCAACUUCUUCUCGCACUACAGCCUCGAGAAAACCGAAAGCGACCGAUUCGCCGAUGCCGGGCUGGAAUUCGAACGGCACGAAAUCAAAACCUGCUACGACGAGUUCUUCUACGACGUAGUUCCCGAGCUGGAGACCUUCGGCGAGCUCGGCCUGUUCGUCACCUGCUGUAACAAAGAAUCGCAUCUGCGCGGGAACGUUUUCAUCGAGUUCCACUCCACGCAAGCCGCCCUGAAAUGCUACAGGGGGUUGAACGGUAGAUGGUACGCUGGUAGACAGAUCAGCGUACAGUUUGUGAAUAUACCCAGUUGGAAUUCGGCUGUUUGCGGGGUGCAUUUUUCUAAUCGAUGUCCUAAAGGAAGUAGCUGUAAUUUCUUACACACGUUUAGGAAUCCUGGGAAUUCGUUUAGUGUGUAUAAUAAGAUGAAGAAAGAUACCGAACAAAGGCAAAGGAAUCAUUUGGAGUCGAGGAACUGGAGAUGGUCUGAAUCGCCCGAAACGUCGCCUAAGGAAGACGAUUGGGAGGUGGAUGCGCCGAGAAGUAGUCGCUCGCGCGUGAAGAAUGGAAGUAAAAGAAAACGAAGAUCGCAUUCGAGGGAAAGCGAGCGAAGGUCUCGAUCGAGCAGGCACAAAAAAGACGAACGAAGGAAGAGGAAAAGAAGGGAUACAUAA